AUGUCAGGAAUUCCCAAAUCUCCAUCGAUUUUCAUUACUGGUGUAACAGGCUACAUUGGAGGGGAUGCCUGGCAUGCUAUUACCCAGAAAUACCCCUCCUGCGUGGCAAGAACAUCCUGCCUCGUCCGGACGACGGAGAAAGGAGACCAGGUGCUAGCACGCUACCCAUCAAUUCGCCUCGUGUACGGGGACCUCGACAAUACAGAGGUUAUCGAAGCUGAAGCAUCCAAGGCAGAUAUUAUACUGCACUUUGCAAGUAUAGAGCACGUUGAGUCUGCGAGAGCCAUUAGCCGCGCUCUUCAGAGACGCGAGAAAUUCCAACAGGCCACAUAUUGGAUUUCCGUCUCGGGCACGGACAAUAUUGCGUGGAAGGAUUGUGAAAAUAACACGUAUGGAGAACAACCUAGUGACGAAAUCUAUGAUGACUGGGACGGCCUCUCCAAUGUGACAUCCCUUCCUGAUACUGCUCCCCAUCGAGAUGUGGAGUGCGUCCAGCUGGCCGCGGGAGGGACGUUUGUGAAGACCGCAAUCGUGUGUGCUCCGUGCAUAUAUGGUAUUGGACGUGGUUGUGGCAAUCAGCGCAGCAUCCAGAUUCCAGAUCUAGCGCGCUAUACCCUGCAGAAAGGCCACAGUCUUCAGGUGGGCAAAGGCCUCUCCAUAUGGCCCAAUGUCCAUGUCGCAGACCUCAGUGACAUAUUUCUCCGCCUUUUUGGAGAAGCUAUUCAGAAUGGCACGAGGGCAUCAUGGAAUCAUGAAGGAUAUUACUUUGCCGAGAAUGGAGAACACGUGUGGGGAGACGUUUCGUCUCUCCUGGCUCGUGAGGCACAGAUACGUGGGCUCACUCAAUCAGCGGAAGUACGAAGCUUCGAAGCAGAGGAGGCAGAUAAUCAAAUUGAUUUUGCGUCUCUCUUUUACGGUGCCACAUCACGUUGCAAGGCGAUCAGAGCUCGGAAGCUUCUUGGGUGGGAACCACGUCAUGCAGAUAUCGAAGCUGCAGUCCUGGAGGCGUUGGAAGUCGAGACAAGGACGCUGAAGAUUUAA